CCAACAACGACACCUGUCUUCCAUCAUCUCGAAACACCACGACUUACUACCCGAUACAGGACUUCUACACAACACUCGCAGUCUCCAUUCCUCCCAACAAAUAAAACCUUAUUUCCCAUCAGUGAGACGUCGCUAGAGCCGUCCGUCGCUGCCUAUGUCAAUCGAAAACAACAAGGACCUUGUCUCCUCCGCCGAUGUGGCCGACGGUCAGAUAGGAAAGGAGCAUCCGGCCCAGGUCGCUGAGGGAAACCUCAAAGACUCUGGCAAGAAACAGAAGUCAUCCAAGGCCGACGAUCAAGCCAAGAAACAGAAGUCAGCCAAGUCCGCCGACGCUGGUGAGGUCAUCGAGAACCUUCGAUCUUUUGAUCCUUUCGCCGAGGUCGACGAAGACGGAGGUGAGGGCGAAAAGAAGGCGACCAAGGCUGCUGAGAAGAUCGAGAUCCGUAUCCAGCAGCGCAAUGGACGCAAGACCCUGACCACGGUUACGAACAUUCCCAAGAAGUGGAACCUCAAGAAGAUCUGUAAGCAGGCCAAGAAGCGGUACAACUGCAAUGGCACCGUCAUCGAAGAUGAGGAGCACGGCCAGGUGAUCCAGCUCCAGGGCGAUCAGCGCAACAACAUGCACGACUUCCUCUGCGGUGAAAUCACCAACGACGAGAAGACCACCGGCCUUGGCUUCGACAAGGAGAUGGUCCGAGUCCACGGUUUCUAAGGGCCUUCAUGUCAUAUUGGCUCCGCCCACGAACACGUCCGUGCGGGAAUAGCUGGCCGUAGAGAUACGGCCUGCACCGGUGACGAGGACACGUCUCGUCUUCUGCAGAAAUAUCUCGGGCUACACGAGACUGUUUAUUUUUGGCUUGUCGAGCGUUACAUGACAUGAUCCCACUUACCAAUCGGUGGUGAUCUCUGGACUUAUCGCAAAGCGGACGUAUCUUUGGAGGACAGUGUCAGGGAGCGAGUCUGACGAUCACGCUUGACACCUAUAGUAGGUGCAAACAGGCACUAUGUCCCUUUUGUUAGUGAAUUUGGGGGUAGAUGAGAAUCCACAGUCCCCUAAGGCAAUGGCUAUUAUUCUUUCUCCUGAUGACUUGCUGUAUGUAUGGCUGAUCACACAUCGUGAAGUCUAAAAUCGUGAAGCUUAAAAAAUCC